AUGAUAGAGUAUUCCACCAUUUUCCCUGGGAUUAAAGUCUUAGAUGGACGAAGGGAGAGAACUUACUACUUUUGUGAUGAUUGGAUGAAUGAUAACAGAGACUUGACAUCAAGUUGUCUAAGUAAAAGUUCAGUCAGUACACUAGAUAUUAAAUCUCCUGAUGCUUCUGUGAAUUUUCAUAAUAAGACUGCUUCAAAGCCCUUUGGACUGUUGAAGUCUGUCAAUUUUGAAAGAUCGAAUUCACCAUUAGACCCUUCAAAUAUGCAAGCAAGAGGAUUUGGUUCAGAUGCCAUUCGAGUUAGUGUUUCGAGUGCCCCCAGCACAUCAAGUCAUGGAUCCGCACCAGAUGACUGUGAUGCUCUGGGUAAUGUAUACAUAUGGGGGGAGGUUACUGCUGAGAAUGUUAGGGGAGUUGGUGUAGAUAAAAAUUUCAGUCACUGCGCGGUUACAGUGGCAGGAGAACUAUAUACUUGGUGUGAUGGAACUCGUAAUGCCGGACUUCUUGGUCCUGGCACUGACGCAACCUUGACAACUUCAACUGGGCAACUCUUCACAUUUAGUGUCCUAGGUCAUGGAGAUAGGGAGAAUGUUCCUAGAGAAGUACAAUCAUUGUCAGGGUUAAGAACAAUAGCUGUUGGUGCGGAGUGUGGCAUAUUGCCGCUGUUGUUGAGUUACAAUAAUUUCUAUCAAAGUGACAUCCCUCACUCCAUAGAGUCAUUCACCAACUUAAGGUAUCUCAACCUCUCUUAUUCUGAUUUUGUUGGGAGUAUUCCCAAUGAAUUGGGAAAGCUUUUCGAGUUGCAGCACCUUGAUCUGAGUAACAAUUACUUGGAUGGAGCUAUCCCUUGGCAAAUCGAAAAUCUUUCCAAGUUGCAGUCCCUUCAUCUUGGAGGAAAUUAUCUUGUUGGAGUGAUUCCUUAUCAACUUGGGAAUCUCUCCAUGUUGCAGACACUACAGCUUGGUUACAAUACGAAUCUCACUAUAGCCCGUAGAAACAAUGGUGAUGCAGAGUGGAUACCAAAGCUCUCUUUAUUAACAAAUCUUGACUUGGGUGAAGUGAGUGGUGUUGGCAACUCCAAGAUGUGGAUGCAAUUGAUGAUUGAUAAAAUUGUGCCAUCACUAACAGAAUUGAGACUUAGCAGAUGUGGCAUUUCUUAUACCCAUAACCUUCCUCUGUCUGCUUCUCAUUCCAACUAUUCUUCUUCUCUUAUCACCCUUGAUCUCUCUUAUAAUAACUUGAACUCAUCAUUAUUUCAAUGGCCCUUCAACUUCAGCUCCAGCCUUCAACAGCUUUAUCUAAAAAAUUGCAAUCUUUCAUCUCAUAAUCUCUACUUUCUAUCUUCUCAUCUUCAUUUUCCUUCCCUAAUUGUUCUUGAUCUCUCUUAUAAUAAUUGGAACUCAGUAACUACAUUGAACUUUGGCUCAAAUCUUCAAGCACUUGAUUUGAGCAAUUGUAGCCUUACAUCAAAUAAUCUUAUCUUCACAUCCUUCAAUCCCAACCUUUCCUCUCUUGUCCAUCUUGAUCUCUCUAACAAUCAGUUGACAUCAUCAACCAUAUUCUAUUGGACUUCCAACUUCACCUUCAAUCUUCAUGAACUGGACCUCUGUUACAAUUCACUCAGCAGUUCCAUUCUCGAUGGUUUUGGGAACGUAAUGAAGUCUCUUGAAGUUCUUGAUCUCUCGAAUAAUAAUCUCCAAGGUGAAGUCCCAACAUCACUUGGAAAUAUAUGCACAUUGAAGAGCUUAGCACUUGUCAACAAUAACUUUAGUGGGAACAUUCCGAGAUUCAUUUCUAAUAUAUCAUGGUGCAAUAGACAUUCAUUACAAGGAGAGAUCCCAUUCUCUAUAGGACGCCUUGUGAAUGUGGAGGCCAUGGUUUUAAGAAACAAUAGCUUGACUAGAGAACUUCCUUUGUCUUUGGCCAAUUGCUCCAAGUUAGCAUUAUUAGAUGUGUCAGAAAAUAAGUUGUCAGGGCCAAUACCUUCAUGGAUUGGGAGCUUUAAUGCAUCAUCUUAUGGAGGAAACCAUGAUCUCUGUGGAUUGCCACUCAACAAGAUGUGCCCAGAAGAUAACACGCCUCCAUCUCAAGAAGCCAAUCACGAUGAAGAAGAAGAGGCCUCAUUGUUCUGUCAAGAAUUUUACUUGAGCAUGGGGUUGGGAUUCGCUGUUGGAUUUUGGGCUGUUGUAGGACCGUUGCUUUUCAACCAAACUUGGAGACAAGCCUACUAUAGGUUUAUGAACACAGUAACAGACAACGUCCACGUCAUGGUUGCAGUUUAUGUGGUUAAGUGCCUCACUAUCAGAGACUAA